AUGGCUUGGUGGUCCGCUACGUGUAUAUGUGGUACAGAUUGUAAGACGAGUGACUAUUCCAAAAGUCAUGCUCGUCUUCGGGAUGUAAAAACUGUGACAUUGGCACUUGUCCAUCCUCACACCUCCAGUGGACCGCAUUCGGCUGCUGUCUCCACUGAACCAAAUUCCACCGACGCCGAAUCUUCCACACCUUCCCCCCAUCCCUACUCCGCCAUCGCCGCCGUCGCCCUCAUCAUCCUCGUCGUCUGCGGCAUGGUCUACUUCCGCAUCCGGCCGUUCCACAGGGUGCGGUAUCUACUGCGCAGCAGAUCACAAUAA